AUGACUCACAAAAUACGAGCAGUUUUGAAAGGAGGAUAUGAAUAUGUAGGGGCGAAGAUGAAAGAGAAAAGGCUUUUUAUGCAGAGUUUGGAGAAGUUAUAUCUUUUGAUGCAACUUUUAGAACAAACAACAGUUGAUCACCACAAGAAAUCUGUUACUGUUGGUGCUGGGUUGCUGGGUAGAGAGACAAUUGAGUCGUAUGAAUGGCUACUUAAAGCUUUUCUUAGAGCUCAUGAAAGGAAAGCACCAAAAAUUGUUCUAACUGAUCAAGAUGCAGCAAUAACACAAGCAGUGGAAUCUGUCUUACCAAAUUCAAGACACAGACUAUGCAUGUGUCACAUAAUGAAAAAACUGCAAGCAAAGGUUACUGGCAAUUUAUUUAAAAACAAAGACUUUAAGAAAAGAUUUAACAAGCUUGUUUGGAACAUGCAUAUCAAACCUGAUGAGUUUGAAAAGAAGUGGGAUUUGAUUAUUAAUAAAUUCAAUCUAGAAGAUAAAUGA